UCGUUCCUUCUCGGCUUCCUUCGACCGUCGCAUUGUCUGACGUCAUUACGCAGCGUCAUUUCUUAGAGGUCUUAAGUUAUUUUUUUCCACUAAUUUAUCCUCCUGGAAACACAUACAGACAUGGAGAUUGGGGCUGAAAUCAGCAAGAAGAUCAGAGCUGCUAUCAAAGGCAAACUCCAAGAGCUCGGUGCUUACAUAGAUGAGGAGCUGCCUGACUAUAUUAUGGUGAUGGUGGCAAACAAGAAGACCCCCCAGCAGAUGACGGAUGAUUUGUCGUUAUUUCUGGGGAACAACACUGUCAAGUUCACAGCCUGAGCCAGCAGCCAUAAGGCAGCUGCAGUCGGAUUCCGUCCUGCUGGCGCCGAAGGUCCAGGCGUCCGCGGGGGAAAACGGGCGGGCCGAGGAGCUGAAGGUUCUGGCCGUGUCCAGCUCACGCUCCGACAGAACCGAAGCCCGAGUGUCCAGUUCUGCUCACGACGGCAGCAGGAAAGGGCUUCUAGAAAAGGGUUCCUCUCGAUUCGCCAUGAAGCCCCUCCUGGAGCCCCUCCCCUCAGAGGCCGUCAUCGACAUCAAACCGGAGAUGGACGACGACCUGAUCGGCGAGGAGCUGCUGGAAACGGGAGCCCACCACGCUCGCAGACGCAGCGGCGCCAGCAGACCCACCGCGGAGAUCUACAGACCGGGUCAGAGCCGGCUAACCCACCCGUCCGAGGACGCGUACCGCCCCUCAGAAGGCUCCUCCCACAUCCGGCAGCAGGACUACAGGAGCAGCAGGUCCUCCAGGAGCAGCAAGCAGGAAGAACUCUCCCGGAAGCGGAAGGCCCCCGUCGCCAGUUCUGUUGUGCGGGUGAACCGGGCCUCUGAUGAAGACAGCGAUGACGGCGAGGAGGACGACGACGCCGGCUACAGCAGCAGAGGCCUGUCCAGCAGGGUCGCCGUUCCCUCCAAACCUGAGCGCAAACCCACCCUCCCCCCCGCCAAACAGGCCAACAGGAACCUGAUCCUGAAGGCCAUCUCUGAGGCGCAGGACUCCAUCACCAAAACCACCGCUUACCCUGCCAUGCCGCAGAGGCAGACGGUUCCCGUGGCGCCGCGCGCUCGCCUGGCCAGCAACGAGGAGAUGAGCGCCGCCAUCCAGCUGGUCCAGGAGCACCUGCACAGCCUGGCCCCCCCGGCGCCGGAUGGCGGCCCCUCCAGGAACACAGUCAGGUCGUUGGCCUCGCGCCUGCAGCUGGAGAGCAGCGACGACGGCGAGCAGAAGAAGCACGUGGAGGUCGCGGCCGGCGCCGAACCAAAAAGCUUCGACACACGCUCCUUCAUCAUGAGCCGGCCCCUGCUGGAGCAGACCGCCGCCAGGAGCCCGCUGCAGGCCACGCCCUCGUUACCCCGCACGGUCCAGGCCAGAGAGGGCGCCGACUCGGCGAGCCCCAAGUUCAUCGUGACGUUGGACGGCGUCCCGAGUCCGCUGGGGAACCUCACAGACGGAGACUCCGAACUGGACGACGUCAGACCGCCCAGCAGGGUGGCGGAGGCGGCGGGACUCCGGGGGCCUAAAGUCAGCGUCCUGGACAGGCUACAGGGCGUGAUCGCCGCGUCAGCAGACGAGGAGGCGGAGGAGGACGCCGUCCCCGUGAAGAGGCAGAAGGUCUUGGAGCGCUGCAAGUUCUGGCCCGUGUGCAAAAGCGGCGACGAGUGUCUGUACCACCACCCCACCGCACAGUGCAAGACGUUUCCCAACUGCAAGUUCGGAGACAAAUGUCUGUUCGUCCACCCCAGCUGUAAGUACGACGCCCGCUGCACCAAAGCCGACUGCCCCUUCACCCACGUGAGCCGCAGGGGCGCCACCGCCGCCCCGCCCAGACCCGCUGCGCAGCCGCUGCAGACCUCCAGCGUCUGCCGCUUCUUCCCAGAAUGCAAGAAGAUGGACUGUCCGUUUUACCACCCGAAGCCGUGUCGCUUCGCGGCGCAGUGUAAGCGCGCCGGCUGCACCUUCUACCACCCCACGGCGGCGGUUCCGCCCAGACACGCCCUGAAGUGGACGAAGGCUCAGAGCAGCUAAUGUGACGGAGAUGCAGCGGCGACUGUGAGGAGGGGGCGGAGCUUCACCUGCUGCGUCCUGCGCUGGAUGUAGUUUUUUUGAGAAUUUUUAAAUAAAUGUUUUUUUGUAAGUUAAA